CUGCGGGUCGGAUUAAAAAAAACCAUCGAUCUGUCAGGGAAGUCUGUCGGGACUUUAAAAACGGGAAAACAUGAAGUAAAAAACUUUGGAAAUGUAAAGAAAGUAACCAGAAUUUUGAAGGGCAGGUCUGGCUCUCAGACGAAGAUUAUACUUGUGGAUAAAAUGCCUUUAAUUAUAUGAAGAAGCGCUUUUAUAGUGUUGUCGCUUUCCUGUCAACAGGUCCGCUGGGAGGAUGGCAGGCGUUUUAGAGAAUUUGAAGCGGGGACUGAAGAUUGACGUCCUGAGAGAAGCUGGACGUCAAUAUCCAGUCUUCUGCUUCCUGCUGCUGUCUAUGAUCUCGAUGACUGUGCUGCUCAACAGGUAUAUCCACAUCCUGAUGAUCUUCUGGUCUUUCCUGGCGGGUGUCAUCACCUUCUAUUGCAAUCUUGGACCUGAGUCUCUUCUCCCUAAUAUCUUUUUCACCAUAAAGCCAAGGAACAAACGGCAGGAGCAGGAGCUGUUUCCUCUGGGCAACAGCUGUGCUGUGUGUGGGAAGGUCAAAUGCAAACGCCACCGGCCAACGCUGCUCCUCGAAAACUAUCAGCCAUGGUUGGACCUGAAGGUUAACUCAAAAGUAGAUGCUUCAGUAGCAGAGGUGUUUGAGUUAGUUCUGGAGAACUUUGUGUACCCCUGGUACAGGGACAUCACAGAUGACGAUUCAUGUGUGGAUGAACUCAGGAUGACCUUUCGCUUCUUUGCAUCAGUGCUCGUCCGCCGAGCUCAGAAGGUUGAUAUCCCCGCUGUGUUUGCAGACAAUGUGAUGAAAGCUACAAUGAAGCACAUUGAGAUUAUUGCAAAAGCUCGAGGAAAAGUGAAGAAUGUGGAGGGUCUACAGCAGGCAGCUCUGGACGAAUACGGUGCCGACCUUCACAUCGCUCUACGCAGCCGUAAAGACGAGCUGCUCUACCUGAGGAAGCUGACUGAGAUGCUAUUUUCUUUCGUCAUGCCUCCCAAAGCAACAGACUGCAGGUCUCUGGCUCUGCUGCUGCGAGAGGUGAUGGCUGGGUCUGUCCUCCUACCAACUAUGGACUUCAUGGCCGACCCUGAUACUGUGAACCUCAUGGUGCUCAUAUUUGUCGAUGACACUCCGCCAGAACCAGCCACAGAGCCUCCGUCUGCCCUGGUUCCAUUUUUACAGAAAUACGCCGACUUCAGCAACAAAAAGCCGUCUGUACUGAAGUUGGAGCUUAAGGAGAUCAGAGAGCAGCAGGAUCUCCUCUUUCGAUUCAUGAACUUCUUGAAGCAGGAAGGAGCCGUGCACGUGCUGCAGUUCUGCCUCACCGUGGAGGAGUUUAACGAUAAGAUCCUGAGUCCGGAGCUGAGUGACUCUGAGCUGCAGCGUCUGCACGGCGAGGUGCUGCACAUCUACGAGACCUACUGCCUGGACGAAAGCAUUGACAAGAUCAGCUUCGACCCGUUCAUCGUGGAGGAGAUAAAGAACAUUGCUAAAGGGCCGUACACUGGAGUGGUGAAGCUGCAAACGAUGCGCUGCCUGUUCGAGGCGUAUGAACACGUCCUGUCUCUGCUGGAGAGUGUCUUCACCCCGAUGUUCUGUCACAGCGAUGAAUACUUCAGACACCUGCUGAGGGGAGCUGAGUCUCCAGCAAGGAACAGCAGGAUCAACAGAAAUAGCUUCAGUAUGGAAGAAAACAGAAACUCAUCAAAACGAGGCGAGACGUUCGGGAUCAGCAGAAUCGGGAGUAAAAUCAAAGGUGUGUUCAGAAGCACGACCAUGGAGGGCGCCAUGCUGCCACCCAGCGCCAUGAACGACAUCGACGAAGAUGUGGUGGAGGAGGCGACCGUCGUGAUGGAGGACGACUCCCCCGCUGAGCCGGCCAGCACCCCGGGCAUCCUGAGGAACCUGUCGGCCUGGAGCAUCACCAUCCCUUUCAUUGACUUCUACGACGACGAGGUCAAGAGGGAGAAGAUCCCCGUCUUCUGCAUCGACGUGGAACGCAACGACAGGAAGGAAGUUGGUCAUGAAACUGAGAAGUGGUCGGUCUUCAGAAGAUAUCUGGAGUUCUACGUACUAGAAUCCAAACUAACUGAGUUCCAUGGCACAUUUGCAGAUGCACAGCUUCCAUCCAAAAGAAUAAUCGGACCAAAGAAUUAUGAAUUCCUCGCGUCAAAAAGGGAGGAAUUUGAGGAAUAUUUACAGAGACUCCUGCAGCAUCCAGAGCUCAGUAACAGUCAGCUGCUGGCAGACUUCCUGUCUCCUCACAGCAUGGAGUCUCAGUUCCUGGACAGGAUGCUGCCUGACGUCAACCUGGGGAAGAUUUUCAAGUCUGUUCCGGGGAAGCUGAUAAAGGAGAAAGGACAGAACCUCGAGCCUUUCAUCCAGUCCUUCUUCAACUCCUGCGAGUCGCCCAAACCCAAACCCAGCCGACCUGAGCUGACCAUCCUCAGCCCCUCCACCGAGAACAACAAGAAGCUCUUCAACGACCUGUUCAAGAACAAUGCCAACCUGUCAGAGAGUUUGGAGAAGAGAUACAACCACAACUGCUUCAUGGAGAUGAUCAGCGUCGGCGGCAUGUAUGACUACAUGAUGUAUGUCGGUCGAGUUGUGUUCCAUGUACCAGACUGGCUGCAUCACGUCCUGGCUGCAGGGAGAAUCCUGUUCAAGAACACUUUUGAAGCCUACAUGGACCAGUACAUGCAGUCCAAACUGGAGCAGAUCCUCCAGGAGCACCGCAUGGUCUCUCUUAUCACCCAGCUUCGAGACGCCGUGUUCUGUGAGAACAGCGAGGAGCGAACCACAGAGGACAAACAGAUCAGAGCCAAGCAGACGUUUGAGGAGAUGAUGAACUAUUUACCAGACUUUGCUGGAAAAUGCAUCGGUGAGGAGUCAAAAUACGAAGGCAUCCGGCUCCUCUUUGAUUGUUUCCAGCAGCCUCUCCUCAACAAGCAGAUGACGUACGUCCUGCUGGACAUCGCCGUGCAGGAGCUGUUUCCUGAACUCAGCAAGCAGGGAGCGAAGGAGGCGGUUGUCAUGUGAACCGGAGGAUGUUUUACCAAACACUGUAUUCACAUCUCACACGUCCCGGAUGAUGGAAGUGCAAUACUCAACGAUUUCCAAAACCUCUGGGAUCAGCUCAUCAUUCCAAUGUAUAUUAAUGCACUAAUAAAAAGAUCUAUAUUUAUUGAUGUCACUGCA